UUCCCCACGCCUCUCCAAUCCCGCUCCUCCCACUCCUCCGGCCCUCCUUCCAGAGCCUUCUCUGGCGACGACCCUCGCCGCGGCGCCACGAAUCUAGGGUUCCCCUUUCCCGCCGCGGGCCGGAUCACGCUCGGGGGGAGCCCCCGCGAUGCUGCCGUGCGCGAGGUCGGUGCUGCGCAGGAGGGGGGUGGCGUCGUCCCUCCUGCGGAGGUGCGGCGGGGAGGUCGAGUGCGCCCCUGGCACGGGGGAGGCGCUCGCCAAUGCCAGGUGCGCGAGCACGCUUUCCGCGCUCGGCGGCGGCGGCCGCGUGCUCGGGCGCGGCGGCCGGUGGGCCGAUCCGCGGGCCGGCGCGAUGGGCGCGGGGCGAUUGGCGCGCACACAGACCAGGUGCUUCCUCGGGUGCGGCGACGGGGAGGAGGGGGGCGUGCUCUCCAAGGUCUACGAGGAGAGGCGCGUGAUGGGGUACUCACCGGAGCAAAUGUUUGCGGUUGUCGCCGCGGUGGACCUCUACGAGGACUUUGUGCCGUGGUGCCAGCGGUCCAGGAUUAUCAGGCGACACGAUGACUGCUCAUUCGAUGCUGAGCUCGAAAUUGGAUUCAAGUUCCUUGUCGAAAGCUAUGUGUCUCAUGUGGAGAUGGAGAAGCCCAAGUAUAUCAAGACGACAGCAUCUGAAAGUGGACUUUUUGAUCAUUUGAUAAACGUUUGGGAAUUUAAGCCUGGUCCUGUUCCUGGGACCUGUGACCUCUACUUCUUAGUUGAUUUUAAAUUUCAAUCACCACUGUAUCGUCAGGUUGCAUCAAUGUUCUUCAAGGAAGUAGUUUCACGGCUAGUGAGCUCAUUUAGUGAUCGGUGUUUUAGAAUAUAUGGACCUCCUGUACCGGUGCUUGAAAAUACUUAUGGACAAGGAAGAUGAAUCUGUUAUAAAUCCAAUUUUGAAGGAUUUGCCCUUGGUGGAUCCCUGGAGGAUUCCUUGUAGUCAACGCAUAAUCCUUCCCUGACAAGCCAUCAUAGUGCCAUUUAGGGUGCUAUCAGGCGAGAAAUUGUCUUAAGGAAAUCAGCCACUGUUGAGUUUUCAUUCUUUGGCUAUUUCUGAGGUUACUUUUUUUUUCAUGUAUUACUAAAUCAGUUUCCCAUGUGUAACAAGGAAAUGGCCAUUUCUCACGAUUAUUUACCCAGUCUUAUCAGAUUAUGAUGAAAAGGUCUGUUUGUUGAGGUAUAUGUCUACUAUAAACUCUUUGGGCAUUGUAUGUGUUA